GGAGACAACAAAGCUUUAAUGGUAAUGUUAGAAGACCAUCAUAUGCUGAGGUAGUAAAAGCAGUCAACAAUAGGAUGGAAGAAAGGCCCAAUAAUGAAAGAAGGAAAGAAGGAACAGUACAAAGGUAUGGAAGCAACGACGCCAAUACCUAUGGAGUGCAUUCAGUGAACUUGAUACCUAAUCUGCAAGAGAAAUUCUUCAUGGAAGGGGUAUUCUUUUGCAACAUUAGGCCAAUGGGAGACGUGAAGCCGUGGACCCCUACUGUGGUAGCAAUGAAAAGGUUUGCAUGGAUCCGAUGCCAGGGGCUGUUAACGCAUGCUUGGAAGUUGGAGACCUUCCAAACCUUUGGAAGAUUAUGGGGAAACCUUAUAACUUUAGAUGAUAUCACAAUUAGCAAGAAAAGAUUUAAUGUUGCAAGAUUCUUAAUCACCACACCAACCACAAAAUCUACAUCCAAGUCUAUCACAGUGAAGAUCAAUGGCGAAUUCUUCAUACUCAAGUUCACAGAAGAGGAGUCAACAAAUAAUCUCUUCACCAUGAGGUCUGAUAGGAUUUUUCAUGCACCCAGAGAAGAGGAUGAUGAAGAAAGCAGCUCUUUAGAUAGCGAUGGUGUUAAGGCCUUCAUGGAGGAUGAUGUGGCAACACCAAAUACGAGGGAUGGAAACAAGAAUGAGGUGGCAAGCCAAAACGUUAAGGUGGCUAGGCAUAGUGAUGAGGUGGAAGGUAACAAAAGGAAUGAGGACGAGAUUGCCAGUACAAGUACCAAGAUAGCUGAGGAAACAGAGGGUAUGGGCGAAAUCAGGAUGGGGCUCCUUGAUUCAAAUUCAAAUAUUCAACGAUUGGGAGAAACAAGAAAGAUUGUGGCGGAUCCAGAUAUAGUGACUAAUAAAGCUGAUCAAGGGAACUUCGAAAAUGACAGUCAAUUGAGUACCAAUGCAGAUAUGGGCAGCUAUGGCAAGUCUUAUCAAAAAAGAAAAAAUAAAGUAGUAGAAGACAAUAGGAGAUGUGGAGAAGUAGAAAGAUAUGUUAAAGACUUAAAUGAUGGGCUGCCAACAAAAGAAAUGGGCCUAGAAAAGGAUACUAGGCCGAGAGAUCCCCAACCGGUUGAUUUACAAGAGCCAACAAAUACAGGCCCAGAGGAGCAGAAUGAGAAAAAUAGCAAUAGAUCCAAAACAAAGAACAGGAAGUCAGACUUUUCAUUUUGGGAUGACCUUGAAACUGAUUCAAGCAUCGAUGCAAAUUGGAUGAAUAGGAAUGAUGGGUGUGGGAAAAGGAAAAAGAAGAGAAAAGCAAAGUCUUGUGCAUCGAUGUAUAGAAAGUCUAGGGGAUUGGAAGGCUUCUUAGUUUAGCAAAAAUCGAAAGGACAGAGAAAAGCAGCUGUAAAGACAAAGAAGGAGGUUCUGUUUGAGAAAGACUCGGAGAAGCCAGUUGUAGAUGACUCGAUCAACGACAGCAACAUCUAGAACUGUAAUAAAAACAUCGAAGUGAG